AUGGCUCCUGCUAAAGUUGAUCCGACCAAGAAAUCAGAUCCCAAGGCUCAGGCAUUGAAGACUGCAAAAGCUGUAAAAUCAGGUUCUACAACAUUUAAGAAGUCCAAGAAGAUACGUACGAAAGUUACAUUUCACAGACCACGAACCUUGAAAGAUAGAAAUCCUAAAUACCCUCGUAUCAGUGCUCCUCCCCGUAAUAAACUUGACCACUACCAGAUCCUCAAGUAUCCCCUUACAAUUGAAUCUGCAAUGAAUAAAAUUGAAGACAACAACACCCUUGUUUUCAUUGUUGAUAUCCGCGCUGACAAGAAGAAGAUCAAGGAUGCAGUCAAGAAAAUGUACGACAUCCAGACCAAGAAAGUCAACACUCUUAUCAGGCCGGACGGGACUAAGAAGGCUUACGUCAGGUUAACUCCCGACCAUGAUGCUCUUGAUGUUGCCAAUAAAAUUGGAAUUAUAUAAGUCAUUGGCUCCAGUUUUGUCCGGAUUGUUCUUUUCUUGAGG